GGAGACGGAAAUACACUGCGCCUGCCUGCCUGCCUGCUCCGCUCUCCUCUGCUGCCCUCUUCCUUUCCCCUUUCUCCACCUGCUGCCGCUCGCUCCCCGCACCGCGCCCAGAUCCGGCGGCCGAUCUCCCAUGGCGGCACCGGCGGCGGGAGCCCUGGGCGUGGCCCUCGUCGCGGCGCUCCUGCUCGCCCUCGCGGGGGCCAACUCCGAGGGCGACGCGCUCUCCGCGCUGCGCCGCAGCCUCAGGGACCCCGGCGCCGUGCUCCAGAGCUGGGACCCCACGCUCGUCAACCCCUGCACCUGGUUCCACGUCACCUGCGACCGCGACAACCGCGUCACGCGCCUAGAUCUUGGUAACUUGAACUUAUCUGGCCAUCUGGUGCCCGAGCUUGGCAAAUUGGAGCAUUUGCAAUAUCUGGAACUCUACAAAAAUAAUAUUGAAGGAACGAUCCCAUCAGAACUUGGUGAUUUGAAGAACCUAAUAAGCUUGGACUUGUACAAGAACAACGUUUCGGGGACUAUUCCUCCUGCACUUGGGAAGUUGAAAUCCCUUGUAUUCUUGCGACUCAAUGGCAAUCGUUUGACCGGACCAAUUCCAAGGGAGCUGGCUGGAAUAUCUAGUCUCAAAGUUGUUGAUGUUUCUGGUAAUGAUCUGUGUGGAACAAUUCCAACCACUGGACCAUUUGAGCAUAUUCCUCUCAGCAACUUCGAGAAGAACCCGCGUUUGGAAGGUCCAGAACUACAAGGCCUGGCUGUAUAUGAUACCAACUGCUCCACUGGUGCCACCGGACCAAGGCUGGACCCCAACUCGCUUCCCGACGAGAUGCUUCUGCUGCGGCGCUUUUCAGGGGCCUGCCGCCGGCGAGGUCUCGCCCAAUUCACCGCCGCAGCCCCCCGCGAGGCCGCGGAUGCGGUCGUCGUGGGGGCCGGCGCGGUCGGUCUCGCUGUGGCGCGCGCGCUGGCCAUGGCCGGGCGCGAGGUGCUGGUAGUCGAGUCAGCAUCUAGUUUCGGCACCGGAACGAGCUCCCGCAAUAGCGAGGUCAUCCACGCCGGCAUCUACUACCCUCCCCGCAGCCUUAAGGCUAGUCUUUGUGUAAGAGGAAAGGAAAUGCUCUACAAGUACUGUGCAGAACGAGAAAUCCCCCAUAAACGGCUCGGCAAACUUAUCGUUGCUACUGGUGCUUCAGAGACUGCAAAGCUGGACAUGCUCCUCGAGAGCGCUAAAGGCAAUGGAGUGGAUGAUCUUCGGAUGAUGGAUGGCUCUCAGGCUAUGGAGAUGGAACCUGAACUCCGUUGUCUGAAAGCUUUACUAUCACCUAGUACUGGGAUCGUUGACUCCCAUUCAUUCAUGUUCUCCCUUUUGGCUGAUGCUGAAAACUUAGGAGCAAUGAUAUCAUAUAAUACAGCAGUUACCAGUGGGCAUGUUGGAGAUGAAGGGAUCGAGCUUCAUAUUUCUGAAAGCAAAGAGCUGGAGAACCAUUCUAUAGGAUCUCCUGUACCACCACAGAUUGUUUUGCUUCCGAAACUUCUGAUAAACUCAGCAGGUUUGAGUGCAGUUCCACUUGCCAAAAAAUUGCAUGGCCUUGAUCAAGCAUUUGUGCCCCAUGCUUAUUAUGCCCGUGGAUGCUACUUCACCCUCUCACAAACCAAGAGUCCUUUCAGCCACUUAAUAUACCCUCUACCAGAGGAUGGUGGCAUAGGGGUCCAUGUCACACUAGACUUGAAUGGCCUUGUUAGAUUUGGACCAGAUGUUGAAUGGUUAGAUGGUGGAAUGGACGACAUGUCAUGUUUCCUGAAUAGGUUUGAUUACUCGGUCAACCCCACCCGAUGUUCUGGAUUUUACUCUGUGAUAAGGAAGUAUUUUCCAAAUCUCAAGGAUGGAUCUUUGGAGCCUGGUUAUUCGGGGAUCCGACCAAAGCUUUCUGGCCCUGGACAGCGUCCUUCAGAUUUUGUUAUUCAGGGGGAGGAUGUCCACGGUAUUCCUGGGUUGGUUAACUUGUUUGGAAUAGAAUCCCCUGGUUUGACGUCAAGCUUGGCCAUUGCAGAAUACAUUGUUUCAAGGUAUAACAGCACUUGAUUCUCAAACAAUCGCUGACUCAUGAACCAGGGGAUGCAGCAGGGUGAAUCUAAGGUGUCUGGAGGCUCUCGUGAAUCACGUUGCUUACAAUGAAUCUGUGAUCCAGAUAUUGGGGUUUACCCUUCUGUAUUUAGUUGUUUACUUCCUUCUUUGGGGGAGAAAAAGAUGCAGCUUGUAGAGGUGUUUACAGCUAAAUAAAUGGAAUGUCAAAUGUAAGGUUGAUGCAUAGAGAAGUGGGUGGUUGGAUUAAAUUAUAAAUGUGUAGGCAAUCCUAACUGGCAUAGGUUAUGAGAAAAAGGAUCCUCUGCCGUGUCUACUUGUAACUCAGAGAGCAAAAUACAUUAGAUCUUGUUUGGACCCUUUGAUCAAAAAUUUGAAGGCCACAAUUGAAAACAAAACACAGUGGUAGUGUACA